AUGGCAGAACAUUCUCCAAGAGCUGAAUCAGGUUUCUUUAAUCCCCUACCCCACUACCCAAACCAGUACGGGUUCAUCAACAGCUGCCUGCAGUCACUUGUGAUAGAGAGGUUUGGCCAGGAGACCUGGAACAAACUGAGCUCUCUACCAGGGGUCCAGGACACCUUCAUGACAUACACAGUUUAUGACGAUAUCCUAACCCUAAGCCUGGUGCAGGAGGCCUGUUCACUGCUGAAUGUCCCUGCUGACGUGUUACUGAAGCUUUUUGGAGAACAUUUCUUCAUUUUCUGUAAGCAAGCAGGCUAUGACACCAUGCUAAGGACACUUGGGGGAAAUCUCAUUGAAUUCAUAGGAAAUCUAGAUGCUCUCCAUAGUUACCUGGCCCUGUCCUAUCAGGAAAUGAAUGCACCAUCUUUCAGAGUAGAGAUGACAGAUGAUGGAAACAUACUACUUCACUACUAUUCUGACAGGAAGGGCCUGUACCAUAUUGUACCUGGUAUCAUAGAAGCAGUUGCCAGAGAUUUCUUUGACAGCAAGGUGACCAUGGUGGUUGUCAGUCAGUCAGAAGAAGAUGAACGGACAGGGAAGAAGGAGCAUGUUGUGUUUCUGGUCAAACAGACCACCCAAGCUAGCAGCCUCCAGUGUAUCUUCAGUCCAUGUUACCCUGACAAGCUAUGGAUGGAAGAGAAAGCUUUCUGCAAUGCUUUUCCCUUCCAUAUUAUCUUUGAUGAAAAUCUGAAGGUAAAGCAAACAGGGGUGAAUAUACAGAAGUUCAUUCCAGGUCUCCAGGCCAGAGAUGCUUCAGUGGAUCACUAUUUCACCAUUAUACACCCACAGGUGACUUUUACCAUUGACAGCAUCAGGAAAUUCAUCAACAGUCAGUUUGUCUUAAAGAGCUCCAAAGAGAAAAACACCACGCUCAAACUAAGAGGUCAGAUGUUGUGGAUGGAGUCUCUUGGCUGUAUGUUGUACCUGUGUUCUCCGAAGCUACGAAGUCUCCAGGAACUUCAAAAUGUUGGCCUCCACCUGGCUGACCUGGCCCAGCAUGAUGUCACCAGAGACCUGGUUCUCCUCAACCAGCAACGCCUAGCUGAGAUGGAGCUGACCAACCAGCUGGAGAGGAAAAAAGAGGAAUUGAGAAUUCUUUCACGUCACCUAGAGGCUGAAAAGGAGAAAUCAGAAACUCUGCUGUAUGCCAUGCUGCCACGCCACAUAGCCAAUCAGCUUAAAGAUGGGAAAAGCGUAGAGGCAGGGGAAUUUGAGGUGUGCACUAUUUUGUUCAGUGACGUGGUGACCUUCACAAACAUCUGUGCUGCCUGUGAGCCCAUUCAUAUUGUUCACAUGCUAAACUCCAUGUACUCCAGGUUCGACCGACUCACCAAUAUACACAACAUCUACAAGGUUGAGACGAUUGGUGAUGCAUACAUGGUGGUGGGAGGUGUUCCAGUCCCUACAAUAACCCAUGCUCAAAGAGUUGCAAACUUUGCUUUGGGUAUGAGGAUAGCUGCCAGAGAGGUCAUCAACCCUGUAACGGGCAAACCCAUACAGAUCCGUGUUGGCCUCCAUACCGGCCCAGUGUUAGCUGGGGUGGUGGGGGAGAAGAUGCCCCGCUACUGCCUGUUUGGAGACACAGUUAACACUGCCUCCAGGAUGGAGAGUCAUGGAGUCCCUGAUCACAUUCACCUCAGCCCUUCCACAUAUAGCGAGUUGAAGGAUGCGGGGUUUGACAUAAAAGAGCGCGGGCACAUUGAGGUGAAGGGUAAAGGCCUGAUGACCACUUACUUCCUACUCGGGAACCUGUUGAUGUCAGAAGAUUGCAUCAUGGGAAAAGCAGUUGGACAGACCUGUCUUUAUAGAGAGGACCUUCAUGACCAGACCAAGAAAGAGCCUGACACACAAACUGAUGGAAACACUGAAAUUGAAUGGAGAGAUACAUCCUCAGAUGGAGUCAUUGCCCCAGGUCCCAGCCACUUAGACAGAAUCACUCCAUUUGCCUGGGACAUCACCAAACCAUAUGAGACCAAUGAGGACGGCAACAACAUACCUGCCAACCAUUCCAACAGCAGACUAUGUGUCUUACUCUGA